AUGCCCUGGCCGGUAGCACGCCACAUGGUGCAAAAAGAGCUGGUGCACGAGAUAUGCAUUCACCGGGUCGUGGACGGCGACGAACAAUAUCUCAUUCGUUGGCGACACGAUGAUCCUUCCCAAGCCGUUCUAUCAUGGCAUAGACUCGAGGAUCUCAUUUCAAUCGCCGACGUUCUUCAGCUCUACAUUACGGAGUAUAUUGCCAGACUCAAGCGCGAUCAUCCCGAAGCUCUCAAAGCACCAUCACUCAGGACCUCUUCACUGAAAAGAAAGAGUCCCCACGAUGAGGGCGCGUCAAGGCGCGCAUCGUCACUUGACACCACUACCACGCCUGACUUCCAUCGAGCCACUCAAAAACUAGAGGUGUACAACGGAGUCCUGUUCAGAAAAUCGGGUGACAUCUAUCCCCACUAUUUGACAUCUGCCAAAGUUGAACGUAUCGAUGCCACCACAGUUCCAACUCCUGCAAUGCUCGCAGCCGCAAAAGCUGAAGUGUAUGAAGGAGUGAAGAAGGGACGCAAGUUUGUCCGAGCGGUAUUCCUCCAACAACUGGCUGGUAUACCUGGUCCACCUGUCACUUUUGUCAACGAAGUGAACAAGGAGACACCCUCAUUGAGCUUCACAUACAUCCAAGACUAUGUCUACGGCGAGGGUGUGUCGAGAGAAGCCGAUGCUGUUGAAAUGGGAUGCUCCAAGUGUCGACCAGAUAUGGGUAGCAACCGUGGCUGCGAGUACACGAAGAGAUGCGAAUGCCUGGAAUACGCAACUCCAGACUUCCGCGGACAGGGACUGAGCGAUGAAGAGCAAAGAGCUCAAUACGAGGCAUGGGAAGCAGGUGAUCUCGACCCUAAGGGCCUCUCGAAACGAUUCCCGUACAGAAUUGAUCAUGAUCCCCGGAUCAACAUCAAGCAGUACGUGCUCGACAGUUUCUACCUCGAAAGUAGAAACGUCCUGUACGAAUGCAACUCGAGAUGUCGAUGCGGUCCGAAUUGCAAGAACCGCCUUGUGCAGAGAGGUCGUAAAAUCCCGCUCGAGGUUUUCAGAACGAGUAAGAGAGGAUUCGGUCUACGCUGCCCCGAAAACUUGAGACGUGGCCAGUACAUUGACCGGUACAUCGGUGAGCUUAUCACCGAUGCCGAAGCUGAUGCUCGCGAAUCAUCUUCCGGCCCCGAGAAAGCAUCCUACUUAUUCUGGCUCGACAAAUUUGCAAACGAUGAUGGUCUUCCGGGCUCCUUGAAGACAAGCGAUUGCUAUGUUGCGGACGGCCAGAAGAUGGGUGGCCCGACUCGUUUUAUCAAUCAUUCCUGCAACCCAAACUGCCGUCUUUUCACGGUCAGUUACAACAAGUAUAAUCGCACGAUCUAUGACCUGGCCUUCUUUGCUCUCACCGACAUCCCUGCCGGAACGGAGCUAACCUUCGAUUAUAUGGACCUUGAGGAGGGCGAGGCCGGACAAGCAACGAAGGAAGUCGUGGAUGAAGACAGCGUGGUCGUGGACUGCCUGUGUGGCGCCAAGAACUGCAGGAAAAAGUUAUGGAUGUGAGGUGGAUUCGCUGCUCAGCAUGAGGUGCUUGUGCUUAGCUUUCUCAAGGAACAGAGGAAACAGAUUUACUAUCCAUAUCCUGUCCGCGACGGAGGCAAGUAGCUCGGGCUUUAAGUCAGUACAACCGCUCGAGCUUGAUGUCUUCAACAACGGACAGCAGAUUGGAGAAUUAGCAGAUUGCAUU